AUGGCAUCAGAUAAAGAGAUGCUUUUACAACAACUGGAGGGCUUAAAGGAUGAAGAUCUCAAGACGUUUCAGUGGUACCUGCAAAUACCCAACGUCCUGGAAGACGUUCCAACAAUCCCAGAGUUCAGACUAAAUCAGGCGGACAGGAUGACCACAGUGGAUCUGAUGGUGCAGAUGUACCCCUCCUGCGCCGUGGCAGUCGCCAGCAAGAUUCUAGAGAAGAUCAACAUGAAUGAUCUGGUACAGAGGCUAGAAUCAAAAGAGAGUCUUGCUAAGUCCCAACAAGAAUUUAAAUGCAGACUGAAGAUGAAAUUUCAGGAACUGAGUGAAGGAACUGGAAAGCCAGGAGAGUCAAUAUGUCUGAAGGAGGUCUCCACAGAGCUCUAUAUCACAGAGGGAGGGACCGGAGAGGUCAACGAUGAACACGAGGUCUGGCAGUUGGAAAGAGCAUUCAGGAAACCAGUCACACCAGAAACAGCCAUCAGACAGGAAGACAUCUUUAAACCCCCACCUGGAAGAGAUGGACCAAUCAGAAGAGUGAUGACAAAGGGAGUGGCUGGCAUUGGGAAAACAGUCUUAACACAGAAGUUCACCCUGGACUGGGCUGAAGGCAAAGACAACCAAAACAUCCAGUUCACAUUUCCAUUCACUUUCAGAGAGCUUAACAUGCUGAGAGAGAAAAAGUUCAGCCUGGUGGAGCUGGUUCAUCACUUUUUUAGUGAAACCAGAGGAAUCUACAGCUUUGAAGAGUUCCAGGUUGUCUUCAUCUUUGACGGUCUGGACGAGUGUCAGCUUCCUCUGGAUUUCCACAGCACUGUUGUCCUGACUGAUGUCACAGAGUCCACCUCAGUGGAUGUGCUGCUGACAAACCUCAUCAGGGGGAACCUGCUUCCCUCUGCUGGCCUCUGGAUAACCACACGACCUGCAGCAGCGAAUCAGAUCCCUCCUGAGUGUGUGGACAUGGUGACAGAGGUCAGAGGGUUUACUGACCCUCAGAAGCACCAGUACUUCAGGAAGAGGUUCAGAGAUGAGGAGCAGGCCAGCAGGAUCAUCUCCCACAUUGAGAGUUCCCGAAGCCUCCACAUCAUGUGCCACAUCCCAGUCUUCUGCUGGAUCACUGCUACAGUUCUGGAGGCUGUGUUGGAAACCAGAGGGGGAGGAGAGCUGCCCAAGACCCUGACUGAGAUGUACAUCCACUUCCUGGUGGUUCAGCUAAAACUGAGCAAUGCCAAGUAUCAUGGAAGGUCUGGGCCAGAUUCACACUGGAGUCCACAGAACAGAGAGAUGAUUGAGUCUCUGGGAAAACUGGCUUUUAAGCAGCUGCAGAAAGGCAACCUGAUCUUCUAUGAGUCAGACCUGACAGAGUGUGGCAUCAAUAUCAGAGCAGCCUCCGUGUACUCAGGAGUGUUCACACAGAUCUUUAUAGAGGAAAGAGGACUGUACCAGGACCAGGUGUUCUGCUUCAUUCAUCUGAGUGUUCAGGAGUUUCUGGCUGCUCUUCAUGUCACUGUCUCCUUCAUCAAUGAUGGGGUGAAUCCACUGGCAGGAUGCAAUGCAGUUUAUGAGCCAUAUUCAAAUGAUCCCAGAGUGUUCUACCAGAGAGCUGUGGACAUGGCCUUACAGAGUCCAAAUGGGCACCUGGACUUGUUCCUCCGCUUCCUCCUGGGCCUUUCCCUGCAGACCAGUCAGAUGCUCCUACAAGGCCUGCUGACACAGACAGAGACAAGCUCACUGACCAAUCAGAAAACAGUCCAAUACAUGAAGAAGAAGAUCAGCAAGGAUCUGCCACCAGAGAGAAGCAUAAACCUGUUCAACUGUCUGAAUGAACUGAAUGAUUGGUCUCUAGUAGAGCAGGUCCAACAGUCCCUGAGAUUAGGACCUCUCUCCACAGAUGAUCUUCCUCCUGCUCAGUGGUCGGCUUGGUCAUCAGAAGACCUGAAUGUGUUUGACUUAAAGAAAUACUCUGCUUCAGAGGAGGCUCUUCUGAGGCUGCUGCCUGUGGUCAGAGCCUCCAACAAAGCUCUGCUGGCCAUCUGUAACCUGUCAGUGAGAAGUUGUGAAGCUCUGUCCUCAGUUCUCAGCUCCCACUGCUCCAGUUUGAGAGAGCUGGACCUGAGUAACAACAACAUACAGGAUUCAGGAGUGAGGCAGUUGUCUGCUGGACUGAAGAGUCCACAAUGUAAACUGGAGACUCUCAGAUUGAGCAGCUGUGACCUCUCCAAGAGAAGCUGUAGAGCACUGUCCUCUGUUCUCGGCUCUCAGUCCUCUACGCUGAGAGAGCUGGACCUGAGUAACAACAACCUGGAGGAUGCAGGGGUGAAACUGCUGUCUGGCACACUGGGGAGUCCAUUCUGUACACUGGAAGCUCUCAGGCUGUCAGGCUGUGUGAUCACAGAGGAAGGUUGUGCUUCUCUGGCCUCAGCUCUGGGCUCCAACCCCUCCCAUCUGAGAGAGCUGGACCUAAGCUACAAUCAUCCAGGAGACUCAGGAGUGAAGCUGCUCAUGGCAGGACUGGAGGAUCCACACUGGAGACUGGACUUGCUCCAGUUGGAGCAUUGUGGAAAGCAGAGGCUCAAACCUGUUCCAGAGAGGUUACUGACUAUUCCAGUAGCCUAUUCCCACCACAUGACCACACCCUCCACUAUGUUGACAAAAAGAGAGAAUGCCAAGAGUGCCAAAUAUAUCUCAGAUGUACUGACUAACCCAGACCACGUUGUUGGAAUUAAAAAUUCAGCAGCCAUGUUGUCUUCUCCAUCAGAUUUCUGUGAACUGAAAGUGAACCCAAACACAAUAAACAGACAACUCCAACUGUUCAGCAACAACAGGACAGUCACACAUGUUGGGGAUCGGCUGUCCUAUCCAGAUCACCCUGACAGGUUUGACUUCUGGGAACAGCUGCUGUGUAGAACUGGUGUAACUGGUCGCUGUUACUGGGAGGUGAUGUGGGAAGGAGACGUUCAAAUAGCAGUGUGCUACAGAGCAAUCAACAGGAAAGGAAACAGUUUUGACAGCAGGUUUGGAUGGAACAAUCAGUCCUGGAGUCUGAGCUGCUAUGAUGAAAGCAUUUAUCAUGACAAGUGGAGACAAAAGGUCACAGUGGGCUCCAACAGAGUAGCAGUGUAUGUGGACUGUCCUGCUGGCACUCUGUCCUUCUACAGUGUCAUCUCCUCCAGUGAACGGAUCCACCUCCACACCUUCAACACCACAUUCACUGAACCUGUUUAUCCUGGCUUUGAGCUCGGGAUAUAUAGUUCGGUGCAUCUGUGUUCACCGAAAAACAAAUUCUGUGCUCAAAGAAACUAAGUGUGUAUACAUUCACCUGAUUGUGUGACCAUUUUCAUUGUGCACUGACUUGAUGUAAAUCACAACUCUGGUCCUGAUGCACUUUAAAAUUUGUUUUGCAAGGGAGCGCAACUAAAGUUGCCAAUUUAGAAAAAGAAUAUACAAAUCCAGAUAUUAUUGCCCCACUUAGAGGCUUUGAUGUUGUCCUGGUCC